AUGCUCUCCGAUGUUGGGCUAGUUAGCUAUCGUUUCUGGCCUCUCAGCAAUUCUAUCCCCAAUGGGACAAUCUCAGAGGUCCAGGCUGCUUUGCAUAAUCCCGUAGCGGAGGUCACAAGGACAGUGAUUGGUCUGCACGAAAUGGUACCUUGCCUCGGCCCCAGAGGCUGGUCGGCACCUGUAGGCGAGGAACGGAAUGCGAGAGCGCUGUGCAAAUCAGGGCAGAACAAGAAGAUGCAUGGUUUUGAUAAGAUGAAUACCGACUAA